AUUCUAAUUCGGAAGCCAGACACAGACGGUGAUCGAAUUCGGAUCAAAAUCACGGGGGAGUUGGAUUGGGAGUUAGGGUGUAGUGGAUGGUACAGGAUCCAAAGUGCAUAGGUUCCGGGUCCCCGGUCAAGUCGCACCCAUUAGUCUCUCUUUAAUCUCCGGUCUUCUCACGCAAACGGAUCCAUGGCGAGCGAUCAAACCAACCAUAGAACGCCGCCAGUAGUGUCUGCUUAUUUGUGAAGGCGCUCAAAACACAAAACCCUCUGUAUUAGCGGCAAUAGCUUCACUACCUCGCACAUGUGUGGCUCAUACUGUACCAUCACUCAAUGACCCUCUGUGUGAGAGCUUCAAAAUCCAUUGCCAGCACUGGUAGAAACUUCGUCUCUCUCAAGGUACGCCUAAUAUUCUCAUCUUCUCUUUGUGAAUUUCAAAACACCACCACAAAAACAGCAACACACUCGGAGACCCAUUUUCAGAAGAAAAUAUUCAAAAUCUUUGACGAAAAACCCUGGGCUUUUGCCAACACUCACUGGGUAGUCUCGGAAGACUUUCGAGCUCUAAUUCUGGACCCAGGAUUGUUCAUACGAGUUCUCAAUUUGAUUCGGAUGCGCCCAAGAAUAGCGCUUCGGUUCUUCAGAUGGGCUGAAGGUCAACAGGAGUUUAAGCACUCGGAAUUUGCUUUCUGUACAAUUCUUGAUAUUCUGGUUCAAAGUAAUUUGAUGCGACCGGCUUAUUCGGUGAUGGAGAGGGCAAUUAGUUUGAAUUUGAAUGGAAUUGUGGAUGUUUUGAUUGAUGGGUUUGUGGACUCAGGUGUUUCCAUUAAGUUACUGGAUCUUUUGUUAUGGGUGUACUUUAAAAAAUCAAUGCUUGAACAAUGUUUGAGACUUUUUGAUCAGAUGGUAAGAAAUGGGUUAUUCCCAGAUGUAAAGAAUUGCAAUAGAAUUCUUAGGAUACUUAGAGAUAAGGACUUGGUGAAUAAAACAAGGGAAGUGUAUAGGAUGAUGGGUGAGAUUGGGAUUAAGCCCACCAUUGUUACCUAUAAUACAUUACUGGAUUCAUUUUGCAAGGAAGGUAAAGUGCAACAAGCGCUAGACCUUCUGCUUGAGAUGCAGAGGAGAGGGUGUGCUCCAAAUGAUGUUACCUAUAAUGUGUUGAUUAAUGGGUUGUCAAAGAAAGGGGAAUUCGAUCAAGCUAGGGGAUUGAUCAGAGAGAUGUUACAUUUGGGAUUGAAAGUUUCGGCAUUCACGUAUAACCCUCUGCUGCAUGGGUACUGUGACAAGGGGAUGCUUGUUGAGGCUUUGGGGAUUUGGGACGAGAUGGUGGUUAAAGGAGCUUCUCCUACUGUGUCUACUUAUAAUACAUAUAUGUAUGGACUUUGCAAGUGGGGAAGAAUGAUAGAUGCUAGACAACGUUUUUCUGAAAUGUUUGAUAAGAAUUUGGUACCUGAUAUAAUUUCCUAUAAUACUUUGAUUUAUGGGUACUGUCGAUUGGGGAACAUAAGGGAGGCUUUUCCUUUGCUAUAUGAGUUAAGGUGUAGGAAUCUCGUUCCCACCGUGAUCACCUAUAAUACUAUUAUAGAUGGCCUUUGCAGACUGGGGGAUUUGGAGGAUGCUAGUAAACUCAAAGAUGAAAUGGUCAAUCAGGGGAUUCUUCCUGAUGUUUUUACUUUUACUAUUCUAGUGAAUGGUUCUUGCAAGUCAGGGAAUUUACCAAUGGCUAAGCAAUUCUUCAAUGAGAUGUUGCAUAAAGGAUUGGAGCCAGACCACUUUGCAUACACAACUAGAAUAGUGGGUGAAGUGAAGCUUGGUGAUAGAUCCAGUGUUUUUAAUCUGCAGGAAGAAAUGUUUGCAAAGGGGUUCCCUCCCGAUUUAAUCACCUAUAAUGUUUUUGUAGACGGGCUUUCUAAGUUGUGCAAUUUGGAAGAAGCAUGUGAGUUGUUGCAAAGGAUGGUUCGUGAUGGUCUUGUUCCUGAUCGUGUGACAUAUACUAGCAUCAUUCAUGCUCACUUGGAAAUGGGGAAUCUAAGAAAAGCCAGAGAGUUAUUCUAUGAGAUGUUGAGCAAAGGCUUAUCCCCAUCAGUUGUGACGUACACAGUAUUGAUUCAUGGGCAUGCCCGUAAAGGGAAGCUUGAACUGGCAUUUAUGUAUUUCUCAGAAAUGCAGGAGAAAGGUGUCUUGCCAAACGUGAUCACCUACAAUGUGCUGAUUAAUGGUCUAUGCAAAUUGAGAAGAAUGGAUCGGGCUUAUAGAUAUUUUGCUGAGAUGGGAAGUAAAGGAAUAUCCCCAAAUAAAUAUACCUACACUAUAUUAAUAAAUGAGAACUGUGACUUGGGUUAUUGGCAGGAGGCUUUGAGAUUGUAUAGGGAAAUGAUUGAUAGAGGAAUUCAGCCUGAUUCUUGUACACACAGUGCACUUCUAAAGCAACUCGGAAAAGACUAUAAAUUGCAUGUAGUCCAGUACCUUGAAUACAUAAUUCUAGGUGGUGAAGAAUCUGCCAAAGCAAAGACGUCACAGAGCCUUUAAUGGUGUUCUAAGUUUCUCAAAUGAUCUGUAAGAGAGUGAAUAAAUGUUCUCUGAGAAAUUAAUCUCAUUCAACUACCAAGUUGCUUCAGAGACUGGCUGGUAGAUUCCCUUGGACAAGCCAGCAGACGCAGAUAUGUGAAUUUGGUUGCUCAAGGGUUGAGAAGCCAAUAACUACUUUGUGUUCUAUUCAUUGAUGGGUGCAACUAAAAGAGAUGGAGAACAGUCCUUGGCUUCCUUGUCUAUUCACUGGUUGGCUUUGUUUUCUAUCCUUGGCUUCGUUUUCUAUACACUACAAGGAUUCAAUGACAGGUGGUGAAGAAUCUGCUGAAGCAAAGGCUUCAUAAAGCCUUUGAUGGUGUUCUGGGUUUCUCAAAUGAUCUGUAAGACAGUGGAAUAUCUGUUUUCCGAGAAAUUGGUUUCGUUUCACUACUAAGUUACUCCGGAGACUGGUUGGUAGAUUCACUUGGAUGAGUCAGCAGGUAAGAAUACGUACUCUUUAAUUUGAUCAAAUAUUACAUUUUGGUUUUCUCUUAGUUCUGAUAUUCCCGCUUUUUGUUUCUUCUCUUUUUUUUUAUUAUUUUUUUUAUUUUAUAAUAUGAAGAUGCAGUUAUGUGAAUUUGGUUGUUCAAGAGGUUGGGAAGCCUUUGUGUUCUAUUUACUGAUGGGCACAACUAAGAGAGAUGGAAAACAAUCCUUUGGUGUCAUUGACUAUUUGACUGGUUGGCUUCGUUUUCUAUGCACUGGAAAAAUUCAAUGACAGGUUGCAUUCCCUGCCUUGGAGGAAUUGGAAAUUAUAAACUUGGAAAGAAUUACCGUGAUAUGGAUCAACCAAUUACUCCUCCAAGAACAUUCCUUUCAGUGUCUCAGGCAGAUGGAGGUGCAGAAUUGUCACAAACUAGAAAACGUGAUUCCAUCUAUAUUGUGCUCCCAGGGUUGCAGAAUCUGGAAAUACUGAGCGUUAAGUGGUGUUCUUCAGUUGUAUCUGCAGUUGAAGUGCUUACCACUGAAAAAGGAUCUGCACCAGCAGAAGCAACAAUCAUACUCCCUCGACUAUGAGAAAUGUGGCUACAGGAACUACCUAAACUGAUGCAGACAGGGUUGAAUAAAGAGAAACAUUCAGACAGACUACAUUCGUAUUUAAAGCUCAGAGUUCUCAAACUUUUUAGUUGUGAUAGUUUGAGAAAUAUAAUCCCGAUAAUCCUGCCGUCCAUAGCAAGAAAUCUUGUUCAACUCCGAUGUUUAAAGUAUGCCACUGUCAGAAGAUGGAAGAGAUAGAUGGUUGCAAGAGACAAGGAGAAGAAGAAGCAGAAGCAGUCAAUGAUGAGAUCCUUUGUUCUCUAAAUGGAAGACUAUGAGACUUGAAAUGUUGGCAAAUCUUAAACAUUUCUGCUACAGUUGUGUAUCCAAAAAAGAAGAAGAAGAAGAAACAACAGAUGAAGACACUCCCAAAGUACAAGCCUCGUCAAAUUUGAAUAGUUUCUGCUGCCGUUUUGAAUCCAGAGACGAAGAUACUGUGGAGGAGGAUAUUCCCAAAGUACAAGGCCUUAUCAGAUAGAGGUGGUGUUCCCUGCCUCGGAGGAAUUGACAAUUGGAAAAUUGGAAAAGAUUGCAGCAAUAUGGGAGAACCAAUUAUUUGUAUUCCUGGAAGCAGAAGACACCUUUCAGCACCUAAAGCACGUGGAAAUGGUUCAUUGUCACAAACUGGAGAACUUGAUUCCAUCAUAUGUGCUCCCAAGGUUACAGAAUCUGGAAAUACUUCAGCGGUGUGAUUCAGUUAUAUCUGCAAUUGAAAUGUUUGUUACCAAAAAAAGGGGUCUGCAACAAUCAUACUCCCUCGAUUACAAGAAAUGUGGCUACAGCAACUACCUAACUUGAUGAACUGUAAAAAAGAAGAAGCGGCCAGUGAUGGGGUCCUCACUUUCCCUCAAUUAAAGACUACGAGACUUGAAAAGUCAUCCAAAAAACAAGAAGAAGAAAAAAAGAGGACAUUUCCAAAGGGCAAGACCUCUUCAAAAAUAAGGAAGAAUUGGCACUCUCAAAGCAUCUUGGAAGAUAUUGGGCAUGGUUUUAAUAACCCUGCAAGCCUUUUUAGCAAUGUAGGAGUCCUGGUGGUGGACAGCUGCACUGACCUAGAUGUCUGUACCCUGCUACUGAGGUUUGAGGUUGUUGAAGAACUCUGAAAUCUUGCAAACGUCUGAGAUAUUUAUUCUCAUUCUCAAUGGCAAGAAGUCUUUAGCCACUUCCUUUGUCGUUGGGACUCAAAAUGACCCCCAUGCAUAUUUAGAUAGUCACCUCUUCUGAGAGGAUUGCACAGAGCUUCAAAAUGAGAUGCCUUCUUCAGGAAGCCGUAUCUUGUUGACGAGAAGGUAGCUCCAAAAGUAGCUACUACAGUGGGGAACAACAAUUCCGCUAGUGUUAGACAUUAGGAGUUGUAAUGUUAUAAAAGAAAUAGUAAUUAGACCUCAAGAACAAGGAGAAAUAAGUGCAAUGGAGGAAAUUAGAUUCCCUCAGUUAGAGUUGCUGCACCUUGAAAAUCUGCCCAAUCUCUUGUAAUUUUGUCGGGAAAAUUAUGCUUUUCAGUUUCUGUUGUUAAAGAAGUUAGGCUGCACGGAUGCCCCAAACUGCUGACUUUCACAUCCGGACGCAUAAGCAUGCCGAGGAUACAAGAAGUAUCUGAUCUUGAUGAUUAUGGAGCACUGCAGCAAGUCACAGACCUUCAUGACUCUUAUCUACGAACCAUUCUGAAAAGAAAGUAAUUCAGGGAAUAGCAUUGUGGAAUGAUGAUGAAUAAACAAUUUCUGAUGAAGAAAAGAGAAGAGAAACCACGAUGAAGAUGAUCUUCUGCUAAGUCAGUGAAGUAUGUACUAAUCUCUCUCUCCCUAAAGAAUGUUGCAGCCUUUGCAUGCAAACUGAGACCAAAAGUAGGCUGUUCGAUCUUCUUGGCUGAAGAGGAUCAAGCUACUGAAGUUUCCUUUGGAAAUACUACUUAUUCCUUCUUUAGUUUCUUUCAUUUAUCAUAUGCCAAAACGAAAAAAAAAAAAAAAAAGGUUUAAUGUGAAUAGAACUAGUCUUUGUUAUUGUUAUACCUGAGAACAGGUGGUUUUAAUUUGUAUCUUUCAUGUUUUAGGAAUAUGAAGGUUCAAUGUAAAUAGAUCUAGUCUUUGUCAUUGUUUAUUCAUAUGAACAGGUGGUUUUUGGCAUCUUUUAUGGAUUUCAUAUGUAAGUUUAAUGUGAAUAGAACUAGUAUCUGUUAUUGUAUCCCCACAGAACAAUUAUUGAGCUCUUCAAUGCAUGUCUUGUAUGCCUAGGAGUGAAUUUUGUUGCAAACAAAACAACUAUUCUUUUGUAAUGUUCACUCAAGACUCUAAAAUUCUGUUAACACGGUAGCAGAUCCGGUAAAUGCAAGAGCAGGCCAACUGUUCUACGCGAAUUAACUGGUCUACCUUUCAUAUAAAGUUACGUAGUUGAGUUUCGUGUGUAUCUCUUUGUUAUAUAUAUAUAUUGCUAUGUGAUGCAUUGAGGUGAAAUCCAAGUUCUCUAUCAUAGGUAAAAUAAAAAUAAAAUGAGAACAAAGAAUUAUUGUCUUACUAUGUCUCUGGGGGAACCCAAUUCAACGUAAUUUGUAGAUACCAUGAAAACUAAUUUGACUUGCUUGUUCGUCCUCUCCUAACAAAGCAUUCUCAAACCCUAAUUCCCAACAUAAUUGACAAUGCCCUCAGCAUAUUUAACAAGUAAUCAUUAAAAUUAAUUCAAAGACAAGAAAGAAAUGGUAGUAAUAAAAAAAUAAAAAAACAAGAACAA